AUGGGUUGUGCAAGCUCCAAGCAUCGAAAGCGUUGCAGUAAUUGCCAAAGAGGGUUAUCUCCGGUGGUUGUUCCUCGGAGCUAUUCAAUGCACGUUCAUCAUUCGGCGCAACAUUCCGGCGACACCCAUCACACGGUGGCGCUAACUUCCUCCACCAUCGGAUCUCUCACCCUCUGCGAUUCUCCUUUCAGGCAUAUUCACAAACACUUGGAAGACAUCAACGAAAAGCGACUCCUUUCCGACGAAACCGUCGAGAAGAAGAUGAUCUCCGGUGAUGGGUUUCAUCGCGGCGAGGAAAAGGAGGAGACUUUGCAGGCUAAGCUUACCGAAGCCAAGGUUUGGUCGAGUAUGAUGAACGAGAAGAUCCCUAAGGCUGCGCCUAAAACUCCGAUUGUGACUCCUCCGGGAGAGCCAGAGACGAUCAAUACUUGGGAAUUGAUGGAAGGUCUUGAAGAUGUUAGUCCUUUACCGAAUCAUCUGAGAAGCUUCUCAUUUGAUGUUGUUCGUAUCCAACCUUGUAAUGAUGAUGAUUGUGCUGAUCUUCCCAAAUCAAGGUUUCGUGAGAAUGUGAAAUCGAAUAGCGAUUUGGAUCCUCCUGAGAUGGUUUCAACUUUCAGGAAAUCGCUUCAAGAGCUCCCAAAGGAUCAUCCUUUUCAUAUCCGGAUUCCGGAUAUGAAUCCACAAUUCGGAUCAUCAGAUGAAGAAGAAGAAGGAAUCUACAGAGGGAAGUUCGAAAAGGUGAUACUUUACUUCACAAGUCUUAGAGGUAUAAGGAAGACGUAUGAAGAUAGCUGCAAUGUGAGGGUGAUACUGAAAAGCUUAGGGAUUCGUAUCGAUGAGCGUGAUGUGUCGAUGCAUUCGGGUUUCAGAGAUGAGUUGAAGAAGCUAAUGAAGGAUGAGUUGAGCAAUGGAGUUGGAAUAACCCUACCUAGAGUUUUCUUGGGGGACAAGUAUCUAGGUGGAGUUGAGGAGAUAAAGAAGUUUAAUGAGAAUGGGACACUUGAGAAGCUUGUUGAAGGCUGCCAAAGGGUUGAAGAUGGGUUUGGAGGUUGUGGGAAUGAAUGUGAGGCUUGUGGAGAUGUUCGGUUUGUGCCGUGUGAGACAUGUUCAGGGAGUUGUAAAGUUUACUAUGAAGCUGAAGAAGAAGGAGAAGGAGAAGGAGAAGAAACAGAGUAUGGGUUUCAAAGAUGUCCAGAUUGUAAUGAGAAUGGAUUGAUCAGAUGUCCUGUUUGUUGUGAGUAA